AUGGAAGCCGCGGACGCCGACGCGGCGCCGCACGGCCGCGACUGGGCGUGGUUCGAUGCGCCUGAGGCGCAGCAUGCGAAUGUAGCAUGGUCGCGGCAAGGUGUUGUGGCACACGGCAUGCGCAACGAGCAUGGCGCGCACGUCGCGCUUCUCGGCGACACGGGCCGUGCGAUUCAUGAUACACCUCUUCUUCGCCUGUUUCCGCCGGCUCGCGCGCCCACGCUCGGCACAGCACUGCCGACGCAGCUUGGAGCGCCCACCCUGCUCCGCUUUAGCCCCUGCGGCUACACGCUCCUCGCCUACUUCCCUGCCGAGGCGACGGCGCCCCUAGCGCCAGGGCAGGGCUCGGGCGCCGUACAGAUACCCACCGCCGCGCUCCCGACUCUGACGGCCACACCGAUUCAGCAGACGCCCACGGCGACGCCCGCAUCGGCUGCGACGCACGCCCCCGUGCCAGACCAUGUGUCGCCGGUGACCACGCUGCCCAGCGCCGCUGCGUCGCCCGUGCCCGGCACGCCGCAUUCCCUGGAGGCUAUGAGCACACUGCCCGUGACCCAGCCUAACGUCGUCCAGGGCGAUCAGGGCGUCGUGUGCCUCUGGACGCGCGCGCCACACGCGCCCGUCGACCGCUGGGCGCUGCACCAGUGGGUGCCCGUAUCGUACGGAGCCGCCAGCCUUGGCUGCAUUCACGACGACGUCAUCGAUGCACUGUGGCUUGGUGCGCCACGCCUGUGGAAGAUGGAGGGACCGGCGUUUGUGCGGGAGCCGGCAUGUGGCCCCUCGACGUUCCUGCCGCGCGCGGCGCUCUCCCUCGACGAGGCACAGCGUGAGCAGGCGUGCAUCCUGGUGACGCGUGCCGGCCAAGUCGUAUUCCUGCAUCGCCUCAGCAGCGCCGCGGCGGCGUGGCAUGCCUUCCGAGUGCACUACGGCUCCCUAUCGCUGGCCAGUGUCGUGCCGCCUCCGCCCACCCUCGAUGCCGAGCAGGCGCCCGACCUGCACGCGCCGCCCUGCGCGGUGCGGCGCGCCUGCCUGUGUGAUGUCCCGGACGAGUCAGUCGUACUGAUCGCGUACGAGCCGGUCUCGUGCGCGUUCGGCCCGUCGGCGCUGGGACUGACCGAGCUGCAAAUUCAAAUGGACGGCGAAAUGUCUUGUACGUGCUUCCUACUUACCCGAGUCUGUGUGAUCAACCCUCUGCCCAGUGUGUCAGUGGACGUGCGAGACCCCUCCGGUCGCGCGGCUCCUGUACCGUGGCGUACGACGCUCGAGUGGGUGCGUACUGCGUCGUCGCUGUCUCUGUGGCUGUGCGUCGGAGAGGCGGCGCCAGCGCCUGCCGGCCACGGCGCGACGCAGUCUGAGCGCACGUACCUCAUCGAGUGGGCGGCGCAGCGCACCACUACGCGCGCAAGUGACGAGCUACGCUCGCUUUGGGGCUCGGCGCCUAGCGAUGGCGCCGACUUGUCGCAAGGGCGCUGGACCAUGAGCGUCGCAGCCAGAAGCGAGCUGCGUGGCAUGGUCGUGACGGGCCUGGUGCCCCCUCAGCAGCCGGGGCCGCACCGCGAUGCCGUGUGGGCCACGGUCUGGGAGGCGAGUGUCGGUGCAGAGGUGUGGGGGGCGCUCGAUGCGCGCACUGGCACCUUUACGCGGCUCAGCGAGUCGAUGCCGCCCAGCUGGCUUGCACACACGGCAUGGGCCCUCUCGCCGAACGGCGUUCUAGCGUGCACGCACCUGUGGCCAGGCGGGCGCCUUGUCUGUACGCCCUUGCCGGUGUCGCUGCACGCGCCAAGCGACGCAGGGCACCUGUUCGCGCUUGCGCUUCUGCGCCACACGGCCCACACGGACGUGGCGCAUGCGGCGCGCGCGGAUGGCGCCGGCACGUACGCCUCGCUGGUGCAUACCAUCCAGGCAACAGCGGCGGCAUUGCAGUGGGGACGCGAUAGUGCGCGCCAAAGCCCCUCGCUCGCUCAGACGUUGCAGCUCGUGCCUGUGGCCCUCUCGCUCGUGAGCGGGACGGCCGAGGCGCCACAGCAGCGUCUGUAUGAUCGUCUUGCGCUCUUCGCCGAGUGGGCGGCCAUACACCGCGCCCUAUGCGCGGCGCGCACCGACUACAACAACCGGCGCCUCACCUUCCUUGCUACCGAGUCGCGCCCCGACGUGUCGUUUGCGCCGGCCCAUACCUGGGCCCUUGCACACGCGCUGCGCCGCGCGAUUUCCUGGCUUGAACAGAGUGCGAGCGUGUGUGUGCAGUGCCAGGUGCCCGGCGUGCGGCCGAGCGACGUACCGAGCGACAGUCUGCUCGAGCUCCUGACGCACACGGGCGCGUGCCACCUCGUCCACGAGGUCCUCGCCGGCCUCCUCGUGCUUGCCAAGUGGCUCGAGCAGGAGGCGCCUGCUGCAUGGGUCGCGCGCACGCUAAGCGACGUGCGGGCGCCUACGGCUGCGCAGCACGCGGCGGCGGUGCGGCACCACGCACUCGUGCGCGACUAUGUUUCUACACUGCUGGCCUCUACGCCUGUGGAUGUCGCGUGCAUCAUGGAGGCGCUCGCACAGGCGCCCUACGACGUGGAUGCGACGCGUUUCUGGGACUCGCUGCUCGGCCUGCGCGAGGCGCACUUAUCCGAGGAGGCGUUUCACCUCGCGCGCUCGCUCGUAAGCGGCAGCGACGCUCUCCGCGACCGUGCCGCGCUUUGCACACGGUAUCUGCGCGUGGAGCUGCGGGCGUAG